AUGGAUGAAAACAUGGAUAAUUUUUUGACUGUAAAUGAAAAACUGAAAGAUUUCCUUGUUAUAAAUGAAGAGAAUGAAGAUCAAGAAUAUUUUACAGGUGAAGCUUCAAAUGAUUUUAUGAAUGAAGGAGCCAUGAAUUCUGAAUUUGAAAUAGAGAGCCAUGAUGAUAUGAUGUCACAAAAUGAAAUAGAAUCAUCAUCCUUAUUUUCUGGAAAAAAAUUUGAUAAUGAAUUCGAAUCAAAUGAUUCGCAAGAAAUUAAUAAUCUGGAUGAUGAAAAAGAAAAUAGUGAUCCUAUGAUUCUCAACCCAAAAAUUUACCAUGGUAGAGGUCAUCCCAAAGGUACCAAAUGUUUAAAAUCAGCACAUGAAGUAUCAAAACCUACGGCAAAUCAAUGUCGGUGCAAGAAGUGUGAUGGUUUGGGCCAUUACCAGAAGAAUUGCAAAGUACUUAAUUUUGUUGAUAUAAAAUGUUGA